ACAAUAUCACAGUAAAAUGUUGUGGUUAAGCUACAUGCUUUUAUUAAUGAAUUGUAUUAUAAUAAAUAGUGAAAAAAAUUAUCCAAAAGUACAAAUUCCUCUAGGACAACUUAAAGGAUAUUACAAAAAGUCUGAAAAUGGUAGAUUAUAUGCAGCAUAUGAAGGAAUUCCCUAUGCACGUCCACCAAUAGGAGAGUUACGUUUUAGAGAACCACAGAAAAUACCUCCUUGGAUAGGAGAACUACAGGCAAUAAAAUUGUCGGAUUCUUGUCUUCAAUAUUCACAUAUACCUCAAAAUCUAAAUGAUCCAGUUGAAGGAAGUGAAGAUUGUCUAUAUUUAAAUAUUUAUGUGCCAAUUCGCAAAACAAUUGAAACUAUACCUGUCUUAUUCUGGAUACAUGGUGGUUGCUUUCAAUAUGGUGCAGGAAUAGAUUAUGGUGCCAAAUAUUUAGCAGACAAAGAUAUUAUUUUAGUUACAAUUAAUUAUCGCUUAGGGUCGUUAGGUUUCCUAAGUACAGAAAAUGAAGUUAUUUCUGGAAAUAUGGGACUUAAAGAUCAAAGUAUUGCUUUACGUUGGGUGCAUGAAAAUAUUGAAUGGUUUGGUGGAAAUUCAAAUAAAAUAACACUGAUUGGAGUAAGUGCAGGAGGUGUUAGUGUUCAUUAUCAUUAUCUAUCGUCUCUUAGUGCUGGAUUAUUUCAAAAUGGUAUAUCAUUUAGUGGUACAGCUUUGCUUUGUUGGGCACAGACUGAAAAUCCUUUAGAAAAAGCAAAAAAAUUGGGGGCUAUUAUGGGUUGUCCAACAGAUGAUAUAACAGCAAUGGUAGAGUGUUUAAGGUAUCGCCCGCCUAGGUCUAUAGUUCAAGCUACUUCUGAAUUUAUGCCUUGGCUUUAUAAUCCUUAUACUCCAUUUGGACCAAUUGUAGAAAAAACUACAGAAAAUUAUUUUAUUAAUGAAUCUCCAGCAGAAAUCAUUACAAGUGGUAAGGCGCAAGAUAUUCCUUGGAUAACUGGUAUUGUUAGCGAAGAAGGUUUAUAUCCUGUUGCUAACUUUAUAUCGAAGGAUAAUCAUUUAAAAUAUUUAAAUGAUAAUUGGGAAUUAGUAGCGCCAUAUUUACUUGAUUAUAAUAAUACAAUACCAAAAGACAGACAUUUUGAAAUUUCAAAGCUAAUUCGAGAACAUUAUUUUGGAUCAAAAUCAAUUGAUGCAGAAAGUGUGCGAUCGCUAACGUAUAUGGUUGGCGAUCGGUUAUUUGUUGUUAAUUCGGAAAAAGUAGCUCGAAUGCAAGCCAAGUUUAACAAAAGUCCAGUUUGGUUUUACUAUUAUAGUUACAGAGCUAAUCAAAGUUUCAGUGAUGUAAUGAGUGGAACAAAAGAAAACUAUGGUGUUAGUCAUGCUGAUGAUGUUCUUCUUGUUUUGGAAACAUCUUAUUUACAAGCAACUUCAACAGACGAUAAGGCUAUGCAAAAUGACUUAUUAAACUUUUGGGUUUCAGUUGCUACUAACAGUAAACCUGAUUUUGGAAUAGAUUGGCCUAAAGUAAAUGAAUCUAACGAAGAGAUUAAUUAUUUACACAUAUCUGGUCCAGGUAAAUUUUCAAUAGAAAAAAAUAAUAAUUUGGGAGAAAAAUAUUUUUGGAAUUCUAUUGAUUUUAAUGAAAAUAAAAUAGAA